CAACAUCUUUCCCAGGAAUCCCAAACCCGGCAAAGCAUCUUCCCAACGAUCUCAAAAAUAUCUGGCUCACAUCGCCUCAGGAUAUUAUCCCUCGUGAUGACGUGGCACUCCGAUUAUAUGCUGCCACGUGUAAAAGCGACGCCAUGUGGAGCCUUUUCUUUUCUGGUUCCGCAGACCUUGACUCCUUCCCAUUCUUCUUCCCUCCUCUCCUUCCCACUCGCAACAGAUCAGCGACGCUUCCUCUCUCGUUCUUCCUCUCCGAAAUUUCUGGUACUUUCUACAUUCAUUGUAUCACUUCACAUGGAACGCAACCGCCGGCGUAGUUAUCAGCCGCACUUAUCCUCUUAUGAGCCCCGGGAUCGUUGCAGUACUGAGUUGACUCAGGCAGGCUCUGCCUCCUCCGCCAUCUGUAUGGAUACUUGCGGAGAUAUUUCACGUCAUUCCGCGGCUCCCUUUCCCCUGGACGAUUUGACAAGGUGGACAGAUUGGCAACACAAUUCAUAUCUCAAUUCUUUAGAGGCCUCGUUUGUGAAUGAAAUGUACCAGUCGGCGCAUUUACUUGGCUGUCAGAGUGUCCAAAAUGACUCAAAUGAAGUAGAUAAAUCUAGAACUUCACAAAAGCUGUGUAAUAUGUCUGGACAGUUUAUUCCGCAAGAUGGUUUCUGGAAGAAAGUUAGCCAUGAAAGAAAUGAACCUAUGUUAGAGAGCACUGGUGAUUCUCAUGUUCUUGCAGGAGGUCCAUUGAAAUUCACAUCUGCAGAAAGAGGCUGUGCUGUGAGAGACUUUGCUGUCCAUCACAGUGGCUUGCUUUGUGAUGAGGGUCGCAGAAGAGGGAAAUCUAUAUUCUCUGGCAGAUCACCAAGAAGUUCAGCAGAACAACAUGACCCAUGCAACCCUGAAUCGGUCGCCACUACUGCAGUUUUGGUAGAGUUUACCGAUCAAAACUUCAAGGAUGAAGAUCAAGGGGCGCCUUCAAGCUGUGUGCCUAUGGAUGAAAGGUUGAAGACAGCUUCAGCUGAUGAUGCUUCGAGACAUGAUCAUGUUGUGCCUAUUGAAAAGUUUUACUCAACUUUCAGGUAGCUAAUCAGUUGCAACUCAAAAUCGAAGGCUUGCAUAUCACAGCAGAUGCUGAUAGAACUAAAGGGACAACUACACUUGGUGCCCUUGUUCAAGAAAUUUGCGGGGAGACUCGCACGAGGCAACUCACAAGUCAUUUGGCCACUUCUUACAUACUAUUCUUGCAGUAUUCUUUCAUUGUUUUCCCUUGAGCUUUUUAUCAGCUAAUUUGUGCUUUUAAUUGAUCCAGAUAGAAAAAUUCAAUAUGCGGUUUCAUUCUACGUGGUUCUACAGUUCUGUGGGUUUGAAUUGUUGGGUAUGUCUUUUGUUUAGAUGUGAGGCUCUAUUGCACAGGUUGUCGCAUCCUUGUACUACAUACUGUGCAGGACUAUGAUGCACCAUUUCUAUUGGCCCUAUGUCCCGUUUCGGGUUAG